AUGGCGUCCAAUUCAAUAAAGCUGCUGACUGGCAACAGUCACCCUGAGCUCGCGAAGCUUGUGGCUAAGAGGUACGUCGUCGCUCCUGCCGCGUUUGGCGCAUUCGAGAUGUUGCAAUUUCAAUUGGGCAUUGAGCUCACCAAGAUUAUGGUGCUACAGUACUCAAAUCAGGAAACAUCAGUCACAAUUGGCGAAUCUGUCCGAGACGAAGAUGUCUUCGUCCUGCAGUCUACACGUCCUGGCGACAUCAAUGACGGGCUCAUGGAGUUGCUAAUCAUCAUCAACGCCUGCAAGACCUCGUCUGCCCGCCGGAUCACGGCUGUCUUGCCGAAUUUCCCAUAUGCACGACAAGACAAGAAAGACAAAUCAAGAGCGCCCAUCACAGCAAAGCUGAUGGCCAACAUGCUCCAGACUGCCGGCUGCAACCACGUCAUCACAAUGGAUCUGCAUGCUUCGCAAAUACAGGGCUUCUUCAACGUGCCAGUCGACAAUCUCUACGCUGAGCCAUCAUCAACCAAGUGGAUUCGGGAGAACCUGCUGCACGUCGGCUCAACCGGCGCUGAGGUCAAUGGUGCUCGACAAGAGUGUGUUAUCGUGUCGCCUGAUGCUGGCGGUGCCAAACGAGCGACAUCAAUGGCCGACAGACUGGACUUAUCCUUCGCGCUGAUCCACAAAGAACGCUCGCGGCCGAACGAAGUCUCACGAAUGACCCUGGUUGGUAACGUGCAGGACAAGGUCGCAAUUCUUGUGGAUGACAUUGCUGAUACGUGCGGCACACUUGCGAAAGCUGCAGACACCCUCAUCAAGCAUGGCGCUAAGGACGUCGUCGCGCUCGUCACUCAUGGUGUCCUCUCUGGCAAUGCCGUCGAGACCCUCAAAUCUGGAGCGUUGUCAAGGCUUGUCGUCAGCAACACGGUUCCAAUCCCAGAAGCGAAAAUGGAAGCGUUGAGCCAGGAAGUCUGGGAGGGCGGCAAGCGCAAGGGCUGUAAACUUGAGACUAUCGACAUCGCCCCAGUCCUUGCUGAAGCUAUCCGCCGCACGCAUAACGGCGAGAGCGUUAGCUAUCUCUUCAGUCAUAGUGUCGACUGA